AUGGCAGUCUUAGGAUUUCAGAACGAAGAUUCUGAGAAUCUUACGUGGUUAUGUGGAGGAUCACUUAUCAGUGAAGAAUAUAUUUUGACAGAUGCACAUUGCUUCCUUCCAGGUGGCUAUCUUGAACCAAAAUCAGUGUUGUUGGGGGUCACAGAUGUUAACGACACUAACCACAGACAAGAAAUAAAAAUAGCAAGUAUAGUGGUACAUCCAGAAUUUAAAUUUACUACCCGUGACAACGACAUAGCACUUUUAAAAUUGGAAAAACCCGUAGAGUUAAAUUCUUAUGUUCACCCGGCUUGUCUCAACACACACUUCGACACUCCCGUUUCGCGAGUUAUUGCAACUGGAUGGGCAUAUACACGGUAUAGAGGAAGCGACAUUCCCACUCUCAUUCUACAGAAGAACGUAUAA